AUGGAGAUCGACUCUCUCUGGCACUCCGCAUUUGGCGAAACUUCUAGCCGGCCUGUUCUCUACAGUUCUGAGGAGCUCAACGAUGAGGGAUGGCGACCACUCACCGAUCCCCAGGCUUUCAUUUUGAAUCUCGCCAAACUGGACCAUCAACAGCUAUUCGCUGCAAGCUCAAAUAAUCAAAUCGCCAUGAAAGUCGCCCAAGACGAAUACCUCGAGAUUGAGACCCAGAUCGCGGCAAUCAGAGGCAGGCCUAGUCAAAGACAUCUUCAAACGCUACCAGCACCAGACGAGUUCCAGGAAAGGCAGGAGGCUGCGUUGUACGGCUACAAAUACGAUGGCCAUCGCCCUGCCUUGCUCCAUGCUGGUAUCCCUGGCCUCAGAUCCGCAGACGACCUGAGCGAUCGCGAAAAGCAAGACGUCCGCUUGUUUCAAGAGCCAUUUGAACAAGGCGGCUUUGUUCCCAAGGAACGCGAGUACAAGGCCAUGCUCGCCAAAGCCCGGGAUCCCAAUAACAUCGACGGGUGGGAACCGGUUGUUGACAGCACUGGCCGCCGACUGAUUCCGAGACAACAAGUCCACCAUGACGAGUACAACAUCACAUAUGUCAAGCGCAAUGUUGAUGCGAACGGCGAGAUUGCUCGACCUGUGUCUCCCGAAGGCAGUGAUGCUCACCAAGGUGAAACUCCAGACAAGGCGGUCAACAAGCGGUUGACCAGAACACGCUUCGACGGCAAGAAGGUUCCAACCACUCGCGACGUGUCCGAGGAUCCUUCAGCAGCUUCGACGCCCCGCGGUCGGAAGCGAGGCAGCCCUUCUGGAGGCGACAGCCGGGAAGACACACCCGGCUCAAAACGUCAGAAAGUCGGCCCACCCAUCGAUGGUCAAGAGCAGCCACGACCAAAGCACCCGAAUCAAUAUACCAAAGCCAAGGAAAGAGCAGCUAAGGACCAAGAAGCGACCGUAGCUGGCACGCCUGCACCCGAAGCUCCCACCAAAGCGGCCACCUCAUCCAAAGUACACUGGCGAGAUUUGUCAUCAGAGGACAAGUACGAUCAUAGUUGGACGAACGCAGAGUUGCACGAAGCGGUCAGAGAAGACCACUUGUGGCUCAAUCCAGAUCCCGUCAAGGCAGAGCAUUGGAAAAACAAGCUGCUGCAAAAUGAGAAUCCCAUCCGAAGUUUCGCCAUGUUCAAGAAGUGGCGUUUCUGGAAGCUUAAAGGGCUAGACAAGAGACCGCGGAACAAGGAGCUCCUGAGUGCAGAUGGGACAACCAACAAGGAGAACGAGGGCAUAUCGCGCUCUCAAAAGCCUCGACGACGAACUGCAAAGCCGAAGAACGCCAGCGCCAUGUCGACACCAGCUGACACUCCGCCAGCCACGCCGACGCCGACGCCAGCUCCAGAAAUUCCCAGAGACAGAGAAACGGCUGAGCGAGCGGCAACCCCCUCGGCGAAGACCCAAGGAACCAAGUUUCCUGGAAGCAAGAGAAUGGAUAGUGCAAUCCCUCAACGGAGAGGUUCGCCAGAAGAGAUAGAAAAUGCAAAUGGGAAUGCUGAGGCAGAUCAGACAAGCUCAGAGUCACGAUCACCCAAGAAGGCACCGGGGCCAUUAACAGGAAAGCGUACUGGCGAAGCGAUCAGUGCGCCAGGGCGCGAGCUCAGACGGCCGAGCUUGAAGCAGCAAGGAAGCGACUCAACCGUCGUGGUCGCUAGCGGUACGACAGCUAUGACGAGUUCCAAUGGUACGCCACCGAGGAGGUCCCUGCGCAUUCGGAAACCCAGUCCUUGA